AUGUGUCUGGCACUCAUGUGUCUGGCACUCAUGUGUCUGGCACUCAUGUGUCUGGCACUCAUGUGUCUGGCACUCAUGUGUCUGGCACUCAUGUGUCUGGCACUCAUGUGUCUGGCACCCAUGUGUCUGGCACUCAUGUGUCUGGCACCCAUGUGGUGUCUGGCACUCAUGUGGUGUCUGGCACUCAUGUGUCUGGCACUCAUGUGUCUGGCACUCAUGUGUCUGGCACUCAUGUGGUGUCUGGCACUCAUGUGGUGUCUGGCACUCGUGGUGUCUGGCACUCAUGUGUCUGGCACUCAUGUGUCUGGCACUCAUGUGUCUGGCACUCAUGUGUCUGGCACUCAUGUGUCUGGCACUCAUGUGGUGUCUGGCACUCAUGUGGUGUCUGGCACUCAUGUGGUGUCUGGCACUCAUGUGGUGUCUGGCACUCAUGUGGUGUCUGGCACUCAUGUGGUGUCUGGCACUCAUGUGGUGUCUGGCACUCAUGUGGUGUCUGGCACUCAUGUGGCGUCUGGCACUCAUGUGGCGUCUGGCACUCAUGCGUCUGGCACUCAUGUGGCGUCUGGCACUCAUGUGGCGUCUGGCACUCAUGUGGCGUCUGGCACUCAUGUGGCGUCUGGCACUCAUGUGGUGUCUGGCACUCAUGUGGUGUCUGGCACUCAUGUGGUGUCUGGCACUCAUGUGGUGUCUGGCACUCAUGCGGCGUCUGGCACUCAUGUGGCGUCUGGCACUCAUGUGGCGUCUGGCACUCAUGUGGUGUCUGGCACUCAUGUGUCUGGCACUCAUGUGUCUGGCACUCAUGUGGUGUCUGGCACUCAUGUGGUGUCUGGCACUCAUGUGGCGGCUGGCACUCAAGUGGCGUCUGGCACUCAUGUGGUGUCUGGCACUCAUGUGUCUGGCACUCAUGUGGUGUCUGGCACUCAUGUGGUGUCUGGCACUCAUGUGGUGUCUGGCACUCAUGUGGUGUCUGGCACUCAUGUGGUGUCUGGCACUCAUGCGGCGUCUGGCACUCAUGUGGCGUCUGGCACUCAUGUGGCGUCUGGCACUCAUGUGGCGUCUGGCACUCAUGUGUCUGGCACUCAUGUGUCUGGCACUCAUGUGUCUGGCACUCAUGUGUCUGGCACUCAUGUGUCUGGCACUCAUGUGGUGUCUGGCACUCAUGUGGUGUCUGGCACUCAUGUGGUGUCUGGCACUCAUGUGUCUGGCACUCAUGCGGCUGGCACUCAUGUGUCUGGCACUCAUGUGUCUGGCACUCAUGCGGCUGGCACUCAUGCGGCUGGCACUCAUGUGUCUGGCACUCAUGUGUCUGGCACUCAUGCGGCUGGCACUCAUGUGUCUGGCACUCAUGUGUCUGGCACUCAUGUGUCUGGCACUCAUGCGGCUGGCACUCAUGUGUCUGGCACUCAUGCGGCUGGCACUCAUGUGUCUGGCACUCAUGCGGCUGGCACUCAUGUGUCUGGCACUCAUGCGGCUGGCACUCAUGUGUCUGGCACUCAUGCGGCUGGCACUCAUGUGUCUGGCACUCAUGCGGCUGGCACUCAUGCGGCUGGCACUCAUGUGUCUGGCACUCAUGUGUCUGGCACUCAUGCGGCUGGCACUCAUGUGUCUGGCACUCAUGCGGCUGGCACUCAUGUGUCUGGCACUCAUGCGGCUGGCACUCAUGUGUCUGGCACUCAUGCGGCUGGCACUCAUGUGGUGUCUGGCACUCAUGCGGCUGGCACUCAUGUGGUGUCUGGCACUCAUGUGUCUGGCACUCAUGUGGGGGCUGGCACUCAUGUGGGGGCUGGCACUCAUGUGGUGUCUGGCACUCAUGUGGCGGCUGGCACUCAUGUGGGGGCUGGCACUCAUGUGGCGGCUGUGGAGCAACAAGGCUAUGAAAGCCUCACAGAUUAUGUACUCACCUAA